AUGGCGCUCAAGACUCUCUCGGCAAAGGCUGCGGCAGCUCUCGAUAGAGACCUUAUGAGCACCGGCGCCUUCUCGAUUGACCAGCUGAUGGAGCUGGCUGGUCUUUCGGUUUCCCAAGCCGUUUACCGUGUUCAUCCCGUCACUCAGGGAAGCAGGGUUCUUGUUGCCGUUGGCCCUGGAAACAACGGAGGGGAUGGCCUCGUUGCAGCCCGCCACCUCCGCCAUUACGGCUUUCUACCCACCGUUUAUUACCCGAAACGGAGCAAGAACGAUCUAUACCAGCGCCUGGUCAAGCAGUUGGAAGACCUCGAUGUUCCCUUUGUCGAAGACUUCCCAGCUGCCCUGGAGUCGACUGACCAUGUGGUCGAUGCCAUCUUCGGCUUCAGCUUCUCUGGCGAGGUCCGAGAGCCGUUCCCCGCCGUCAUCCAGGCCAUGGCCAACACCAAGGUGCCGGUGACCUCGGUCGACGCCCCGUCGUCGUGGAAUAUUGAGGAGGGGCCACCCAAGUCCGGAACUGGCAGCUCGUUCCACCCUGAUGUCCUUGUCAGUUUGACGGCGCCGAAACCUCUUGUCAAGUUCUUCAGUGGUCGUCAUUUCAUCGGCGGUCGGUUUGUCACGCACGCUAUCGCAAAAAAGUAUGAUUUCGAUGUUCCGGAGUACGAGGGAAUCGAUCAGGUUGUCGAGGUCGGGCCCGAAGGACACAAGCUUUGA